AGGAUACUUCAGCUACACGUGCAUGUCACGUGCCAUGGAAAAAUAUCCGGGAUACGAGGGAUAUUUACUCAUCGGCGAUGACGUAAUACUUAACUACUGGAAUUUAAUUGGAAUGGACCGUAACAAAAUCUGGGAAGGGCCAAAAGUACCGAUUCUAUUAAAGUAUACUCAGCCUGAAAAUUGGUCUUGGUGGAAUUCCCCCUAUGGAAAGAGCACUUGUCAGAAAGCAUACGAUGAUAUCUGGAAUCUAUACAACUCCUCUACAACUGAAACGUUGUCGAACAUGAGCAGUCUAUCAGUUAAAGGGACUGUCCAUUCCCGUAGCGUGUUAGGGAACAUCAAAGGGUCGAUUGAUCUUUCCAAACAGAACAGGAACUGGACAUUUCUUUGCCCUCGGGGUCGCUCAGACAUAUUUUACCUUCCUCGAAAAUUUGCGGAUGAGUUCAAAACACUAUCUGAUAUCUUCUACAAGUAUCGUACGUUCUUGGAAAUUGCAGUUCCUACAAUGUGUCGAAUAAUUGACAAGGAGGACAAUUUUGAGUAUAUCCCUGGGAUUUACAUGCCCGGGGUAGGAGACAAACAGUCUGACUUCCUGUGGAAAACAUAUAACACCACCUUGGCGUUUAUCCAUCCUUUCAAACUACGUUACGAACACGAUGGAGCCAUGAAUAAGGCAUUGCUAAAAAGCUGGAUCAUGGAGUAUAGUAAUAGUUUGAGUAUAUGCUAAAGAAAAUUUAUUACAUCAGUUUAGUCCAAAGAUAUGCAGUCAUAUGUCCAGCAUCUUCUAAAU